GCUGGUGGUGGUGGUGGAGGAGCUGGUGGUGCAGGAGCUGGUGGUGAUGGAGGUGGUGAUGGAGGUGGUGGUAGUAGUGGUGGUGGAGGAGGUGGUGGUGGUGGAGGUGGUGGUGGAAGAGGUGGUGGUGAUGAAGCAGCUGGUGGUGGUGGUGGAGGAGGAGGUGAUGGAGGAGAGGUCCGUGGUCCCGUCUCCAACUCGGACGCAGACUUCUUCGCCCCACAGGCGCGUCCCCGGUCGUGCACGUGGCCGCUGCGACGACCCGAGGCCGACGAGACGGAGGAGACGUCACUCGAGUCGCCGGCGGCCGAAGACGACGACGAUGUGGACGAUGUGGACGAUGUGGAGGUGGACGAAGAUGAUGACGAAGACGACGACGAUAAUAAUGGCACCCCCAAGCUCCAGAUGAUGAUAACGACCGUCUUGCCGCCAGCGUCUUCUUCCUCACCACCCUCUCGGCUUCCUCAGCCUCCUCCUGCCACUGCUGCCCCUGGUCCUGGAGUCGAACCUGGACUGUGUGGAGGUGCAGGAACAGGAGGAGGAGCGGUGGUUUUGAUGGUCGUAGCGACACCAGCUAAGGCGGCCGCCGACGUGAUGAUGAUGGGAGCAGUGGAGUCGGUCUCAGCUCCUGGGGGUCUUCUAUCACCUCGAGGGCUCCUCCUGUCUGCUGCGGGUCCUGUAGGGUCUGCUGGUGCUUCUGUAGGGUCUGCUGCUGCAUCUGUAGGGUCUGCUGCAUCUGUAAGGUCUGCUGCAUCUGUAGGAUCUGCUGCUGCAUCUGUAGGGUCUGCUGCUGCAUCUGUAGUGUCUACUGCAUCUGUAAGGUCUGCUGCAUCUGUAGGACCUGCUGCUGCAUCUAUAGGGUCUGCUGGUGCAUCUGUAGGGUCUACUGCAUCUGUAAGGUCUGCUGCAUCUGUAGGGUCUGCUGCUGCAUCUGUAGGGUCUGCUGCUGCAUCUGUAGGGUCUGCUGCUGCAUCUGUAGGGUCUGCUGCUGCAUCUGUAGGAUCUGCUGUUGCAUCAGUAGGAUCUGCUGUUGCAUCAGUAGGAUUUGCUGGUGCUCCUGCAUCUGUAGGAUUUGCUGGUGCUGCCCAAUCUGUAGGAUCUGCGUCCGUACUGCCCGCGUCCCUGGCCUCACUGGGUUCAGCGGGUGCCACCGGACCAGUGGGUUCAGCGGUGGCACCAGCGGCGGCUGGAUCUGCGGGUGCCACCGUAACCCUUGGCACCGUCACCCCCGGCACCGCCGUGUCGCCGGGCCUGGCGGCGGCGGUGGUGGCGGUGCCACCGCGCAAGACGUCUUCGAGACGCAACGCGUGGGGGAACCUGUCGUACGCGGAGCUGAUCACGCACGCCAUCGAGAGCACGCCCGACCGGAGGCUCACGCUGGCGCAGAUCUACGAGUGGAUGGUGCGGAGCGUGCCCUACUUCCGCGACAAGGGCGAGAGCAACAGCUCGGCCGGGUGGAAGAACUCAAUCCGCCACAACCUCUCCCUGCACAGCCGCUUCGUGCGCGUCCAGAACGAGGGGCCCGGCAAGAGCUCCUGGUGGACGGUGAGCGCUCCCGGCGCCUCCGACCCCUCCUCCUCCCUCUCCUCCUCCUCGUCGUCGUCGGCGGCGUCGUCCGCGGCCACGUCCACCUCCUCCAUCUCCUCGCCGUCGGGCCCCGGCGGAGCGUCGGCGGCGUCGGCCGCGCUGGCGGCCCGGGCUUCGAAACCCGGGCGCCGUCGGGCGACGUCGAUGGACGCCAGCAACGGGAAGUUGGCGCGCAGCCGCAGCAAGGCGGCGCGCAAGAAGGGGGCGGCCGCCACCGUGGCCACCACCACCGCCGCGGCCGCGGCUUCCGCGGGGGUGGUGGGGGGAGCGGCGGCCGCGGGGGGAGCCACUGGAGGGGCGGGGAUCCUCUCGUUCUCGCUCGACACGGGAGGCCCUGGCCCGCCGGACGAUCUGGACGCGUGGACGCAGUUCCGCACGCGCGCCAGCUCGGACGCCAGCACGCUGAGCACGCUGAGCGCGGGGGGCGUGGGGGGCGGUGGAGGAGGGGGGGGCGGAGGGGGAGGGCCCCUCUCCCCGGCGCCCGCCCGCCGCAAGCGCGACUCCUCCGACUUGGACGACGACUACGACGACUACGACGACGACGGCGACUUCGGCGUCGGCGGCUCGCUGUUGCCGGAUCUGUCGGCCGUGGACCACCACCACCACCGCCACCACCGCCGCCUCGACGACGAGGAGGAGGAGGGUGGCGGCGGCGGUCGUUGCGACGACGCCGACGACGACGAAGAAGCCAUGGUGACGUCCGGCUGCGCCGAGCAGGCCAUGGGUUUUGGUGGCUCGCGGGCCGAGGUGGCCGACCACCACCACCGCCGCCACCGCCACCACCACGACGACGACGACCAGCACGGGCUGGGCUUCGGCCUCAACGAGGCCAUGAUGGACGAGCUGCUCGACUCGCUGAGCCUCUCCCUGCAGCAACAGCAGCAGCAGCAGCAGAACUCGGCGUUGGCCGCGGCGUCACCGCCGCCGCCGCCGUCGUCGUCGUCGCUGGCCGCGGCCAUGCUGAUGCUGGAUGGCGACGACGAGCCGCGGAUGAACAAGGCGAUGCUCACGCACGCCGACCCGCUCAUGUCGCAGGCGACGCCGAACCUCGGCCGCCACCUCCACCUCCACCACCACCAGCAGCAGCUUCACCACCACCACCAGCAGCAACAGCAGCAGCAGAGGCAGCAGCAGCAGCAGCUACUGCUGCUCCACAAGCAGCAGCAGAGGAUGGCGGAGCUGGCGGCGUCGGCGUCGUCCCUGCCUACGGCCACGAGCCACCUGGGCAACUCUCUCUCCUCGCCCGCCUUCCACAAGGCAGCCACGGGCCCCUUCUCCUCGUCGCUGCCCAACGGCGACGCGGGCUUCUUGCAGCAGCAGCAGCAGUUGAAUCACCACCAGCAGCAGCAGCCGCAGCAGCAGCAGCAGCCGAGGUUCCCUUGCGACCUCGACGUGGAGAUGUUCAACGGGAGCCUCGACUGCGACGUCGACUCGAUCAUCCACAGCGAGCUGCUGCUCGACGGCGCCGGCUUCGAGUUCUCCUUCGACUCGGCGCCGUCGCCCGACGGCUCCUCGCUGGCCGGCGGCAGCGGCGGCGCUCACAAGAACUGGCUCAGCGGCUGAGGGCUGGGGGCACUGGCAGGGCGGGCGGUCAACAAGCCGGCACGGCGACGAAGGCCCGGACCGCGAGAUUG